AUGGCGCAGUUUGGUUCUCUGAUUGAAAGUUUGUUGAGUUCGGACAAUACGAUCCGGUCAACAGCCGAGGAUUCGUACGAAUCGAUGAAUGCAGUUGUGAAGAUCCCAGGGUUGAUUCAGUUGAUAAUUGAAACAUCCGUUCCAUUGGAGGUAAGAGGCCUGGCCACUGUUUUGCUGAGAAGACUAUACGUGUCGAACUUUGAUGACUUCUGGCCCCAGCUACCUCAGGAAUCUCAAAAUCAGCUGAAGUUGCAGAUGAUCAACUGUGUACAACAAGAGAAGAAUGGUCCAAUUAAGAAGAAAGUCUGUGAGGGGGUGGCUGAACUAGCUAGAAAUCUCUUAGACGAUGGAGUGAACAAAUGGCCAGAGUUUAUCAAAUUCCUCUUUGAAUGUGCCCACAGCUCAGAUGCUGAUGCCAGGGAGUGUGCUCUUAUCAUCUUCAGUUCAGUACCAGGCAUAUUUGGUAAUGAUCAGAACCAAUAUCUGGAUAUUCGGUCCCAGGCCACAAAGGCCACAGCCUCAUUUCUCACUGCCAAUGAGACCGACAACAAUCUGUUGAAUCAUUUCAAAGAGCUCCUGCCCUACAUGCUACAGUGCAUAGCAGAGUCAAUUGAAAAAUUGGAAGAUGAUAGCCUAUUGAAGUGUCUGAUUGACAUCUCGGAGUAUGUACCAAAGUAUUUCAAGUUCCAGCUCGAUAUGUACUUCAAUCUUAUCAUAAAGGUCUUAUCAGAUGACAAGAUAGAAGAGAACUGGAAGCACCUAGCUCUGGAGUCUGUCGUCCUUUUCGCCGAGAACGCCUCAGCCAUCAUGAGGAAACAUUCUGAGAUUAUCACCACACUAGUUCGUCUCGUCCUGAUGAUGAUGGUUGAUCUUGAUGAUGACGAUGAUUGGGCCAUAGCUGAUGAAAUUGAGGAAAGCGAUAAUGAAAGCAAUCCAGUUGUUGGUGAAAGUGCACUGGACAGGCUUUGCUGCGGUCUUGGAGGCAAGACAAUGUUGCCCCACAUCAUCUCCAUCAUACCUGUCAUGCUUCAGAACGCUGAUUGGAAGCAGAGACAUGCGGGUCUGAUGGCGAUUUCAGCCUGUGGCGAGGGUUGCCACGCACAGAUGACCCAAGUACUGCCCAGCAUUGUCGAAGCCAUCUUACCAUUUUUCCAAGAUCAGCAUCCACGAGUAAGGUACGCAGCCUGCAAUGCAAUCGGUCAGAUGUCCACGGAUUUCGCUCCUGCACUGCAGAAAAAGUUUGCUGACAAGAUAGUGCCAGGUUUGUUGCGAGUGAUGGAGGAGAACUUCUUAUUUCCCAGGGUCCAGGCCCAUUCAGGGGCAGCCCUUGUUAACUUCAGUGAGGACUGCCCCAAGCAUAUACUCACCAUCUUCCUCGAGCCCAUCAUGAACCAACUGGAAUGUGUCCUCACUACUAAGUUUAAUGAGCUGGUUGAAAAGGGUAACAAACUGGUUCUGGAGCAGGUAGUGACGACACUGGCGUCUGUGGCCGAUACUGCACAAGAGAAGUUUGAAGUCUACUACCCAAAGUUCAUGCCCUGCCUGAAGUACAUCUUUCAGAAUGCAACCAGUCAGGAGCUUAGAAAUCUUAGGGGCAAAACCAUUGAAUGUAUAUCUCUCAUCGGAUUGGCUGUUGGAAAGGAAAAGUUCAUGCAAGACUGCAGUGAGAUGAUGGAGCUGCUCCUGAAGACACACGUUGACUGGCAAGACCUCCCUGAUGACGAUCCACAAAUAUCCUACCUGAUAUCGGCCUGGGCCCGCAUCUGCAAGAUAAUGGGGAGGGAUUUCGAGCCCUAUUUACCCCUCGUAAUGGAGCCCGUACUCAAGGCCGCCUCGUUCAAACCCGAAGUUGCUCUGUUGGAUAGUGAUGAUAUGAAAGUCUUGGAGAAUGAUAAUGAAUGGCAGUUCGUUACAUUGGAAGACCAGCAAAGUUUUGGGAUCCGAACAGCUGGCCUUGAGGAAAAGGCUACAGCCUGUCAGAUGCUCGUGUGCUAUGCCAGAGAAUUGAAGGGUGGUUUUGUGGAGUACACGGAGCAGGUCGUCAAGAUCAUGGUCUCGCAUCUUAAGUUCUACUUCCACGAAGGAGUGAGGGUAGCGGCGGCCGAAUGCCUACCCCCCCUACUGGAGUGCGCCCAGAUUAAGGGCCCGGAGUACCUUAGAAACAUCUGGCAGUACAUCUGCCCUGAACUUCUGAAGGCCAUCGAGUCUGACCCGGAACUCAGCGUCAAGGCCGAACACAUGAGCUCGCUUUCUCAGUGUAUAGAAUUGAUGGGUGUGAAUUGUCUAACUGAUGAGCUGAUGCAGAAACUGUCUGUCAUACUGAACGACAUACUUGAGACACAUUUCAAAAGACACGAAGAAAAACUUAAAGAAAAACAGACAGAUGAAGACUAUGACGAAGAAAAUGAAUCAGAGGAGGAGAAUGAUUACAAUCUGGUACUUAGUAAAGUGUCCGACAUCAUACAUUCACUUUUUGGCACCUACAAAGAGUUGUACUUGCCUAACUUUCAGCAACUUCUUCCCCAGUUCGUGAGACUAAUUUCCCCUGAUAGACCAUGGUCAGACAGACAGUGGGGAUUGUGUAUUUUUGAUGACCUCCUUGAAUUUGCUGGGCCGUCAUCACAGAUGUUCAUCCAGUACUUCUUGGAGAGCAUGGUGAAGAGCAUAACGGAUCAGAGGCCUGAGGUCAGACAGGCAGCGGCUUACGGUGUUGGAGUCAUGGCUAAGUUUGGCGGUCCUGCGUUCGCUGGCACUUGCUCCGAGGUACUCCCUUUGCUGACGAGAGUGAUCCAAGAAGCCACCUCCCGAUCGCCAGAGAACGUCUGUGCCACUGAAAACGCCAUAUCUGCCGUCGCUAAAAUUUGCAGAUACAACAGUAGUCAGAUUAGUAACAUGAAUGAGGUACUAUCACUCUGGUUGUCCUGGUUGCCUAUCUGGGAAGAUGAAGAAGAGGCCAUGCAAGUUUACGACUACUUGUGUGAACUCAUUGAACUCAACAACCCCGUAGUCCUAGGCGCCAACAACUGCAACCUACCAAACUUAUUGAAAAUCUUCGUCCAGUCAUUUCAUCUCAAUGCUGUCUCCAUUCGCUCGGAGACAGGCCUGAGAAUUAUUAACAUCAUUCGACAGUUGAAGGGGAAUGAUCAGAUCUUUCAUGCUUGCCUUUCAGAACUCACUCCAGACCAACAGAACACACUGAUGCUGGCUUUAAGUUGAAAUUUUUAAGUUUUAAAAGUCGCCAGGACGUCUGGCUUGUUCAUUUACUUAUUUAAUUAAUUAUUUAAUCGUCUACCCGAUUAAUUUCACAUUUUAUUUUCGAGCGAUUUCUGUAUAAAUGUUUAUUAAUAAUAAAUAUAUUUUAUGGUGGGUGUUGAGCGGAAAUAAUUUUGUCAUGUUGUGAUCGAUCUAGACAAAUAUAUCUUGUCUUACCUGGCAAUCUAUUCAGUAAGGGUCUGCUAUAUAUGAGCAUGUAUUUGAAUGUUGUGUAAACAUGGAUGUGCUAAUGUAAUCAGUAAUUGGUGUGUUAAUGUAACAAGGAUGUAAUACACGCUCGAUAAUGUACCGUUUGAUGUGUGAUUUAAUGCUAUCAAUUACAAUAAUUCGGUUUGGACCUUAUUCGUUGCUUCAGCCAUAAAUAAUAUUGAUGUUAGGUGUUUUUAAAGAUCUGAACGGUGAUUAUUGUAUAUUAAAAUUUUAUUUUCAGUUAACGAGCUGAACUAAAUUAUAUUUGUAUUUGUUCCGCGAAAACGCUUUUAGAAUUUUAAUAGGAAAUUCUAAAUUUGAAAAUUUUUAAAAUCAAAAUUGAACUACUAGUUUCA